AUGCCCUGCGUCCGCACCCUCCUGGGCCUCCUGGCGGCCGUGGCCGCCGGUGGCGCCGUCGCCUUCCUGGGCUACUGUGUGUACUUCGACUGGAAGCGGCGUGACGACCCCGCGUUCAAGCGCCGCCUGCGGGACAAAAGAAGAGCCCGGCAGCAAGGGGCUGACGACCCGGGCGCCCAGUUGUGGGAUCCAGCAAGGAAUGAAAAAUUGCAAGAACUUUUCCUGCAAGAGAUACGAAUGGGAGAACUUUGGUUAUCUAGAGGAGAGCACAGAAUGGGUGUUGAACAUCUCAGCAAUGCCCUUUCAGUGUGUGGGCAACCACGGGAACUUCUGAAGAUUUUUAAACACACACUCCCUCCCAAGGUAUUUGAGAUGCUGUUACACAAAAUUCCCCUUAUUUGCCAGCAAUUUGAGGCAGACAUGAAUGAACAGGAAUACUUGGAGGAUGAUCCUGAUUGAAAAACAUUUCAACGUAUCCACA